CACGGCAGCAGGCACCCAUGCAUCGCAUCACUUGAUUUCGAAGCCCUCUGCCUUGAGGCACGCGUUGUGCGCGUCGAUGAAGGCCUUGCACCUCUCCUCGCCAUUCAGCACUAUGCACUCGUCACGCACUCGCUUCGUCUCCUGCACACACACACACACACAUACACAGACACAUACCCAGACAGACACAGGGUGUGUGCCGGCCGGUGCUUGCUUUGCUGAGGCGCGCGUGUGUGUGUGUGUGUGCAUACCAGGCAUACGCAGCAGGGCUUCUUCAAGUUGCCGGGUUUGUUGGAGCAGCUGCCCUGGUCGGAGGCGUUCAGCUUGGUCUUGCUCACAGCCUUCGAGUCAGAUUCCAUGACGUGUGCUGCUACGCUGCUUGCUGCUGAUGUGCUAUUCCUGCCGGCAGAAAGAGAGACAACCACACGCUGUACUGCACAAGAGAGAUUUCAAGGUGUUUGUCUGUCUGUCUGUCUGUCUGUCCGUCAGGGUGCAAGUCAGGGUGAGUCAAUCAACGCACCUCUUUGUUUCUACAAUGAAGAAGAAGUGAGGCACGGCGACUGGACAGAGGCAGAGAUGCUGGGGUUGGUGGAGGGACUCUUCAC